CGUCAAAACAAAUCGUCAAAAUGCGUAUACAUCAAUUUGACCUGAUAUGUGAUCUUUGAACGAGACACUCUGUCGCCAAGAUUCUGCACAAUGACCCUUACGACCCUUACGGUAGGCUCGCUCGUUUGGGCUGACACAAUUUCGGCGAGGCCACAUACGAAUAUCCAUCGGCAUCACAUCUCACAGCACAGCACAGCACCAUCAAUGCGAUACCAAGAAGCCAGGUCUAUUGCGGGGGGGGCCAAGUAUUCUCCCUUCUUGUGCAUCAGCAAGCUCGUCACAAUGCAACUUUUCAUUGAUGCAUCAUCAGGCAACCAUCGGCAUGAUCCGCCUGGUGUUACUUGGCUUAUGCUCUUUUACUAAUCCAAUGCCGUAGAGCGAUAUAAGCCACGACUUCAUGUGGGGAUGACAUACACCAAGGUAUGAGCACCACAAGGUACCUAUAAGUACUCGUAAGCCACAUCCAUUCCCGCGGAGAUGGCAUCUCAGCGGGCGACGGAUAUCAAAACAAGUUCUCCCUCAUCAUCAAUCUCAAAAAGAGCCCAAAAGCGAAAGGCAGCUACAGCAUGGCGACCUCAACGUCACCACAACAACCACCCACUCUACGCUUGGUUCAUAAAACGCACUACGAUCGACAAUACUUCUUCACUCCUCCUCUCGAAAAGUUAGGCCCCUUGGGCGAAUCCAGCGUCCGCGUCCAGACCAGCCUGAUCACCCUCGCCUCAAACAACCUGUCAUACUGCGCCCUCGGCACCGUGGCACACUGGUGGGACAUCUACCCUACACCAUCGUGGCUCGACUCUCCUUACGACGACUCGUCCGAGUACGGCGUCGGGGUAUGUUGGGGCUACGCGACGGUGCUCGAGAGUAAAGUCCCGCAACUGCAACCCGGGACUUUGCUCUGGGGGAUGUGGCCCAUAUCGACGUUCCCGGUUGACCUACUCCUCAACCAAUCCUCAGACGUGCCCGCCUGUUUUGUGGAAAUAUCCUCGCACCGAAGCCAAGCCAUGACUUUGUAUAAUGAGUACUUCACCACGACCGAAAGUCUCGGCGACCCCAAAGGUCUCGAGAUGCUCGCGUGGCGCUCCGUCCUGAUCGUCUGGGCCGCGAGCUACGUGUACAACCGGUUCAACUUUGCCUCCGACCCGAAAGACCCGAUCAUAAACCCGGCCGGCGACGGCUUGCCUUGGUCGCGUGAGGACGCAGACCUCAGUUCCGCCGUCGUGAUCUGCAUGGGAGCGGGGAGCAAGACGAGUCGCGGGUUCGUGCACCAACUCGCCACCAACCGCGCACCUGGCUCGGGACCCCUGGCGGUACUGGAAGUCUCGUCGAGCACACCGCUCAGCACGCUGUCGUCGAAGAUUUCUCCUCCAUUCGCGCACCGCGAAACGACUUACGCCGACCUGGACACCCCGUCUGUACAAAAGUUCAUCUUUGACGACGACAACCCAAACGUCAAGAGGAUCGUGGUCAUGAUCAUGGCUGGCCGGCAGGAAGUGGUUGAGCCUUUCGUGCUCGGUCUGCGGAACAACCAUGCAACACACCGCCGCCAGAUCACCGUGACGGCGAUCAACGUCGGCGCGGAAGCCAGGGUCCUGAGUCCCCAGGAGAUCGCAGAGCGCGGGGCCGUGUCUCGACGCAUCAACGCGUUGUUUUGUAACACGUCGCCCAUCCGCGACGAGGCCAUGAAGAUCCUAGGGCCGAAAACCCUGGUGGACCAGCAGGACGCCGAGCUCAACAGGGUCAUUUCCGAAGAGACCAAGUCCCGUGAGGACGGCAAGGUGUUUGGGGUCAGCUUGAAAGUCUACAAAGGGCUGAGGGGUGAGCAAGGGGCCGAAGGAGCUUGGGAAAGACUUGUUCGUGGGAAGGUGUUGGGUGAUGAAGGUUUGGCGUUUCUGCUCUGAUGACCAUCUGCAGGUGCCAGCUUCUAAUUCACACGCCUUGACCGUACCUAGAACAGCCGCUGGAGAAGGUGAACCUUUGGGCGGACUGGUAUAUGUAUCUAUGAAAGGGACGAUGCUCAAUUAGUUAUUAUUAGGUAGGUAUAUACAGUACAUGAGUCCACCAUAUAUAAAUAUGCGUAUACACA